UUUUUCCCAUUCAUUUUUUACUACUACACAAUUUCAGAUCUGCUGUCCAUUCAAAAGCGAACGAAUGUAGACGAAAACGAACAUGGAACAGCCCUACAUAGGGCCGUCCAAAUGGGCAACGCCGUCAUGGCAAAAAGUCUUCUUGGCAACAAAUCUGUGUGGAUUGAUGAAGAAGACGGCCGAGGUCGAACAGCCUUGCAUUAUUCCAUGGAGCAAGAUUCGUUCGAGGUCGUCGAGGUUUUGGUAACCGGAGGAGCAAAUCUGGAUUGUGUGGAUUUUCACGGCACCUCUGCUUGUCACUUGGCUUGUAAAGAGGGCAGAAUAGACGCGGUAGGGUCCUUUUCGUGCGCAAGCAGGAUUAAUAAAAUCUCGGUUUUAUUGCACCAUGCAUUUGACAUCCAUCCAGAAUCUACUGGGAUCCGAUCCUCCGAUCCC